AUGAGAGUCGGCGUCUUCUUCACCUCGCUUCUUGUUCUCCUCCCGACUAUCCUUGCAUCUCCGACCCACCUCUACCGUCGCGACUACUCGGGCGAAUCUGGUUCGAGCGGGAGUGGUUCUGGGAGUGAGGUUGGGAACAGUAGUGGCAGUGGCUCGAAUGUCGCUUAUAACGUCGGAGGUGUAUACGGCGGUGGUAGUGGUGGAUACAACUAUGAUGGAGGAGCUGGCGAUGGCGGCGGCUAUGGUGGAACCAACGUCGAAGAUGGGGAAGGGGAUGGUGGCGACAACGAAGGUCAGCGAGGCAGUGGCAGUGGGGGAGGGUACGACUACGACGAAGGGGGAAACGAUGACGAGGGAAGCGCUGGAGGGGCUGGAGAGGACGACGGCGACAAUGGAGGAGAUGAUGGUGGUGACAACGGAGAGGAUGGAAAUGGUAACGACGAAGGAUCGAGCGGAGAUGACGACUCGAGCAGCGAGUACGACGUUGAAGAUGUUCGUAUCCUGAGCUAUGCGCUCAGCUACGAAUACCUCGCCACUGCUUUCUACGAGGACUCUUUCUCUCGGUGGUCAUGUCAAGACUUCGAGAACUUCGGCAUCGACGAGUGGGCCUACAAACGCUACGAGCAGAUUUACAAGCACCGUAAAGCGUAUGUCAAGUUCCUCGAGAGCGCAAUCGAAGCAUCGGGCGCGGAGUUAAUCCCGCCCUGCACCUAUAACUUCGAUUAUUCCAACGAUGUCAACGAUUUCGUCAACCUCAGCCAAUACUUCGAACUCGCCGGCACGUCCCUGUAUAACGGAGUCCUUGGAUACAUUCACAACAAGACUCCCCUUUCAUUCAAUCAGAUCUGGACGAUCGGCCAUCCCUUCUACUCUUCGUGUCCCUCCUCCGGCCCUGGAAUGAACGCCUUCCCUGCCGGACUUCGCGACUAUCCUUCCUUCAAGAUCUGUAACGAGGACAUUAUCCCUGGCGAAAACGUCGGUAUCGACCUCUCAGAGGCCUACGGGGCCAACCCCAGCGCCUUCAAUGGUGAUCAGGAGCUCUUCGCCGUCUUCGCGCUCGGCACUGGCUCAUACGUUCAACCUCUGUACGCCAAGGGCUCAGACGACGGUGGAAAUGGUAACGAUAAGGACUUCUGGAUGAAGGUUCCGAAGGAACUCGAGUCGACCGGCGCUGUCUACGUCUCCAUCGUUCAAGCUUCUCCGGAUGAGGCUUCACAGUCUGGCUUCCAGAUCGACGACCAGAACACCGUCGCUGGGCCGAAGAUUUGGAUGUUCAACUAUGAUUCAGACUGGAAGCCUGAGAAGGGCUACGAGUUGUUCCAAGAUUGA